UUCUCAGAAAAAGCCAUGCCUAAAAUUCUUAGUUUUCUUCUUUGUCUCUCUUUCACUAUAACUUCCUUUGUCAUUUGUAUAGAUGAGAAAGAAAAAGUCUUAAAAAUUAGUACUGAUGCAGCCACCCCAACUGGCAGUGACUUCACUUAUAUAUGUGAUCCUGCCAGAUAUGCCAAACUCAAACUGGACAUGAAAAGUUUCGCCUUUUGUGACUCGAAGCUUCCCUACAAUGUUAGGGCCAAAGAUUUGGUGGAUCAAAUGACACUAGCUGAAAAGAUAGCACAGCUAGGAAAUAAUGCUGAUGGAGUGGCUAGAUUAGGGCUGCCAAAGUACGAGUGGUGGUCUGAGGCGCUGCAUGGUCUGUCCAAUGUUGGUCCAGGAACCGUCUUUGAUAAUCUAGUUCCUCAUGCAACCAGCUUUCCCACUGUCAUACUCACAGCAGCUUCAUUCAACGAGAAACGCUGGAGAGAAAUUGGUCAUGUUGUUUCAACAGAAGCACGAGCAAUGUACAAUCUUGGGCGAUCUGGAUUAACGUUUUGGAGCCCAACCAUCAACGUUGCAAGAGAUCCUAGAUGGGGAAGAAUCACUGAGACACCUGGUGAAGAUCCUUUCGUUGUUGGCACAUAUGCCUCUAAUUACGUGAGAGGUUUACAGGAUGUUGCAGGGACAGAGCACUAUAAAGAUUUGAAUACUAGACCACUCAAAGUUGCCGCAUGUUGCAAGCAUUUUCCUGCAUAUGACAUUGACAAUUGGCAUGGAGUUCAUCGCUUCCAUUUUGAUGCUAGGGUGAUAGAGCAAGAUUUGGAAGAGUCAUUCCUGCGGCCAUUUGAAAUGUGUGUUAAAGAUGGUGAUGCUAGCAGUGUUAUGUGUUCUUUUAACCGUGUUAAUGGAAUACCAUCUUGUGCUGAUCCAAAGCUUUUGAGAGAGACCCUUAGACAAGAAUGGAAUCUUCAUGGCUAUAUAGUUGCUGAUUGUGAUUCCGUUGAAGUAAUGGUAACGGGUCACAAAUUUCUUAACGACUCAAAUGAGGACGUUGUUGCACAAACACUAAAAGCAGGAUUGGAUUUGGACUGCGAAGCCUAUUACCCCAAGUACCUCGGAAAUGCAGUGAACCAAGGGAAGGUUAGAGAGUCAAAUAUAGACGAGGCACUACAAAACCUUUAUAUUGUGCUUUUGAGAGCAGGGUACUUUGAUGGACUGCCUGCAUACAAAGCUCUUGGUGAAAACGACAUAUGCACCAACAGAAGCAUUGAGUUAGCCACUCAAGUAGCAAGAGAAGGAAUUACUCUUCUGAAAAAUGAUGGACCAACUUUGCCUUUAAACACUGCCACGUUCAAAACUCUAGCAGUUGUUGGACCACAUGCCAAUUCUACCGUUGCGAUGAUUGGAAAUUAUGCAUUUGACCCAAAAAAUCCUGGUAGUCCAUGCCAUGAUCUAAAUUGCAGAGAUUUACACACUGCCAUGAUCUAAAUUAUAUGGCUAACAAGACCAAGCCUACUUGCCCAGCAAUUUUAGUAAGCGACUUGCAAUGCGGCGAGUAUAUUGAGUUAACUCUUGUAGUCCAUAAUGUGGGUGGAAAAGUUGGGAGUGAAGUUGUCUUGGUUUACUCCAAGCCCCCAGAUGGUAUUACCGGUACUUUUCUUAAGCAGUUGAUUGGUUUUCAGAGGGUUUACAUAGCGGCUGGUGCGAGCCAAGAAGUUAAGUUUGUGUUCAAUGGUUGCAAGAGCUUGGGCAUUGUAGACAACGCUGGUAAUAAUAUUUUGCCUUUCGGUGGGCACACCAUUAUAGUUGGAGAUGGUGUAGCUUCUUUUCCGGUUCAAGUCACAUUUCAUAAUUAGGGCCAACCUAUUUUGUUUUUAUUUUUUUUGAGAAUAUUAAAGCAAUCCUAAAGAGGGGAAUGCUUGUCAUAGAAAUGCUUGAUUUUUUAAGGGUAUUUUUUUUUUUCUUUUAACAUUUUGUAAUAAAGCUCAUGAUUUUUUGUAAACAUAUAUUUUAACAAAGUUUAUGAUUUUUUGUAAAAAA